ACAAUUCUGAUUCCUAAGCCACUCAACAGUGCAGCUUGAAAGAUGGUGCUACUCUGCUACUAAUACUCGUACUCUUGUAACUGCUUCUUCUUCCAAAACUCUCUUAUGGCAAGACCUUUUAAUUUCUUCUAAAAUCAAUUAAAAUAUAAUAGAAAGAAAACCAAAACCAAAAUGGCAUCUAUAUCCACAUGUUUCACUAUAUCUCCAAAAACUCGAAUAAUUUUGACUUCAAAACCCUCAUGUCGUCUUAAACCUCCCGAUUCUUUUACCAAAAUUCGACUUUCCCCCAAACUUUCAGAUCCUAGGGUUUAUAGGGGUUCUGUUAUCAGGGCGGGCAUUGAUUUGCCAAGUGGAAUUAAGCCAGGAGGUGCAGUAGAAAGUGAUAAAUUGCGCGCAGAUGUGAGAAAGCGCGCGAUGGAAGCUGUUGAUGCUUUUGGAGGCAGGGUUACGAUUGGUGAUGUUGCAAGCAAAGCUGGUCUUAAAUUGAAUGAAGCUCAAAAAGCUCUUCAGGCUCUUGCUGCUGAUACUAAUGGUUUUUUGGAGGUUUCGGACGAGGGUGACGUGCUUUAUGUUUUUCCUAAAGAUUAUCGCUCAAAGCUUGCAGCAAAGUCAUUUAAGAUGAAAGUCGAACCUUUGGUUGAUAAAGCAAAGGCAACAGGUGAAUAUCUUAUUAGAGUUUCCUUUGGAACAGCACUAAUUGCUUCAAUAGUUUUGGUUUACACAACCAUAAUCGCUCUCCUUUCAAGUAGAAGUGAGGAAGACAAUCGUGGAAGACGUGGAGGCAGAUCAUACGAUUCAGGAUUUACCUUUUACUUUAGUCCUACUGAUCUAUUUUGGUACUGGGAUCCUUAUUAUUAUAGGAGGCGGCAAAUUAAAAAAGAUGAUGAUGACAAGAUGAACUUCAUCGAAUCUGUCUUCUCAUUUGUAUUUGGAGAUGGUGACCCUAAUCAAGGAAUUGAAGAAGAGAGGUGGAAGUUGAUUGGACAAUAUAUUUCCUCUAAUGGUGGUGUUGUCGCAGCUGAAGAACUUGCACCAUUUCUUGAUUUACAAACUACUGACAAAAAUACAAAUGAUGAAUCAUACAUCUUACCAGUCCUCCUACGCUUUGAUGGUCAGCCAGAAAUCGAUGAAGAGGAAACUAUUCUCUAUCGAUUUCCUUCGCUUCAGCGUACAGCUUCUUCUCAGAGGAGUGGAAGGAAGGAAUAUAUAGGCAGAAGAUGGACAGAUUGGGUUGGAGGGGUUGAGAAGUUUUUCAGGGAGAGAAAAUGGGAAUUCAGUAAGACUGGAGCAUCAGAGAGAGCAAUGGUCAUUGGAUUGGGCGGAAUUAACCUUUUUGGUGUCAUUGUUCUGGGAGCCAUGUUAAAGGAUAUUGCUGCUAUGCCAGGUGGAUUAAUUAAUUUUGUAGCUGGCAUAUUUCCUCUGCUUCAGGUAUAUGCUGGUUCUUUCUUUGCUAUUCCUUUGAUCCGCUGGUUCCUCAUUCGCCAGAGGAAUGCACAAAUAGAGAAGAGAAACCAAGCAAGGGAACAAUUUGCUCGAGCACUUGAACUGCCUGAUCCCUCACUAAGACGGAAGCUUCUGAGUGCUCGGGACAUGUCCCAAAGAACAUUCAUAGGGCAGGAUCGCAUUGUCUACAGUACUGAUAGGGACAUAAUUGAGCAAGAUGUUGAGGCCCAAGAAUGGGAUAGGAGAUUCCGAGAGAUUGAGAAGUCAGAGUAGGAGGUUAUCUUCGGAGUUGCUUUCACUCUGCUUUUGAGUUCGACAUUCCCUUGGGUCAUUAUGGUUUCAAUGCACGUGUGAAAGGCAGAAACACUUCCCUACUAUUGGGCCCUGCAUAAUUAUUUGACUCGUGGGUAUCGAAGCCUUUUGGAUCUCCACUUGUACACAGCUUCCAAGCUUUUAAUUCAUCAUUGGUUGAACUUUGCUACUUGCUGUGAGCAAGAAUCUACAAAUUAUUGACAUUAUAGUGCCAUAGCAAUGGCUUGUACAGAUUUCACCUGUCGUGAUUUGCUUCUUUGUUGUAGAGUUCAUAUAUGUAUUUAUCAUGAAAUUGUUAGCACUUCCCAUCACUUAAAGAAACUUAUCCAAGCUACCAAUUUCAACUCUAUACAGUGAAUGUGAAAUGACCUGCUCACUGGGUGCUCAACGCAUUUGAGUUUUUC